AUGAUAAGACGCUCGGGGCUUCUGGCGCUUCGGUGCGCGUCAGGAAUAUUUACACGACGGAGCGUGUCCCUACAAUCUCGAUAUGCUACACAGCAUCAAAGUGCAGAUGCGUUUCCUUCUCAACUCCACGAUCCCGCUGCCGCUGCCGUCCUCUCCUCCCUCGAAUCACCCCACGCUCCACAAACCCUUACGGAGAAGAUUGUUCAGCGGUAUAGUCUCGGCUUGGGCAACCAGUACGUGAAGGCUGGGGACUAUGUCACUUUAAGCCCCCACAUCUGUAUGACACAUGACAAUUCUUGGCCCACUGCGUUGAAGUUCAUGUCAAUUGGUGCCUCUAAGAUCCAUGAUUCGAAACAAGUAGUCAUGACCCUUGAUCAUGACGUGCAAAAUAAGUCGGAAUCGAAUCUCAAGAAAUAUAGGCAGAUAGAAGACUUUGCAAAGAAGCAGGCAGUAGAUUUCUUUCCUGCUGGACGCGGGAUUGGGCAUCAGAUAAUGAUUGAGGAAGGCUACGCGUUUCCCGCCACAUUAGCUGUCGCUUCCGAUAGCCAUAGUAAUAUGUAUGGCGGAGUAGGCUGCCUGGGGACACCUGUCGUAAGAACUGAUGCCGCUUCUAUAUGGGCAACUGGGCGAACCUGGUGGCAAAUACCGCCUAUCGCCAAAGUAACUUUCACAGGAGCCCUGCCACAAGGCGUUACUGGCAAAGACGUCAUUGUGGCACUUUGUGGGCUUUUUAGCAACGACGAAGUAUUAAACCAUGCCAUUGAAUUCGCGGGAUCAGAAGAAACUAUGAGAAGUCUGCCAGUGGAUGCUCGAUUGACAAUCUCAAACAUGACGACAGAGUGGGGGGCCUUGUCAGGUCUCUUCCCCAUCGAUGGUGUUCUUGAGAAAUGGCUAAGAUACAAGGCUACCGAAGCAACGCUCUACAACACUGAUGCACUGACCUUCAAGCGGUUCUCCCAUGAACGCGUAAAUGAACUCUUCGCCCAUCCAAUAUCUGCGGAUAAAGGUGCCAAGUACGCCAAGUACCUCCACAUGAAUCUGUCAACUCUGUCUCCUCACGUGUCCGGACCGAACUCCGUCAAGAUCUCGACGCCCGUAGAAAAGUUGGCAUCGCAGAACAUCAAGAUCGAUAAAGCGUACUUGGUCUCAUGCACGAACUCAAGAGCUAGUGAUCUUGCAGCCGCAGCAAAGGUUUUCACGGACGCAUCCAGGGAGACUGGGAGACCCGUGCGUGUUGCGGACGGGGUGUCAUUCUAUAUCGCUGCUGCGUCAAUGCCUGAACAGCUGGCCGCCGAAGAGGCUGGAGACUGGCAAGCUAUGCUCGAUGCUGGAGCAUUGGCGUUGCCUUCAGGCUGUGGACCUUGUAUAGGCUUGGGCACGGGCUUACUUGAGCCUGGUGAGGUUGGGAUAAGUGCGAGUAAUCGGAACUUCAAAGGCAGAAUGGGAAGCGCCGAAGCGAAGGCAUAUCUAGCAUCGCCGGAAGUUGUGGCAGCGUCCGCUCUCUCUGGGAUGAUAUCUGGUCCAGGAUGGUAUCAAAGACCCGCGGGAUUAACUGACGUGGCUAUCGGAGAGGGGAAUGGGUCGAUUGGAGAGGGAAAUCGGUUGAUGACUGCCGAAGAAGCCUUAGAAAGGGUGAUUGGCCAACUGGAAGAAACGAUUGAGAAGGCAGAAAAGCAGAUAUCCCCAAAAGAUGUACCAUCAACAAAGGGGGCUCAGGUAACCAUUCUUCCAGGCUUUCCUAGCAGGGUGGAGGGCGAGAUCGUUUUCUGUGAUGCCGACAAUAUCAAUACGGAUGGAAUCUAUCCGGGGAAGUACACAUACCAAGACGACGUCACGGUUGAAAAAAUGGCGCAUGUCUGCAUGGAGAACUACGAUCCGGCUUUCGGCGCUAUCGCACGUCCAGGAGAUAUACUUGUUUCCGGAUUCAAUUUCGGAUGUGGAAGCUCGAGAGAACAGGCUGCCACAGCGAUCCUAGCGAAGAAGAUACCCCUGGUGGUUUCAGGCAGCUUCGGGAACAUAUUUUCACGCAACAGUAUAAACAACGCUCUUAUGGGUAUAGAAAUGCCAAGAUUGGUUCAGAGGCUAAGGGAGGCGUUUUCGAACACCUCACCACAAGCAUCGCAGCAAAACGUUCAUGAGCCUAGUCAAAAUCGCGAGUCCUUGGACAGUCCACCGCCGGCACCGCAAGUCAAGCCAGAAAAGCAGGAACAGUUGACAAGAAGGACCGGUUGGUAUUUCGCGUGGGAUGUCGCUCGAUCGACAGUGACAAUUCGGGAAGAAGAUGGGAAGACCUGGACUCAAAGCGUUGGGGCACUACCUCCGAAUGUGCAGGAGAUCAUCGCUCGAGGUGGACUUGAGAAAUGGGUCAAGAAAGAGAUUGAAGCAGGUUCCUGA